AUGUCCGAAGGUACGAGUUUAUCUCAUGGUAACGAACUGAAGACCAAAAAUAAGACGAGAUCAAAUAAUAGAACGUCCAGAAAUAAUGGUAGACACAGGCCAAGUAAAUCGAACGUAUCAGCGAUCGCUGAAAAAAAGACUAACAAGAAGACGACUAAACCAAGGGAUAUAAAUAGUGAUUAUAAGGUACUUGAGAUAUUUAAGUUAAUUCGAAAAUUCAAACCAAUCACAAUUAAUGGUAUCCCGGUGACAACUAUUGUAAAACAAGAAGAAAAAAAAGAAAAUGAACAAGAACAACAGAAUAAAGUAAUAAAUCCUGAACAAAGCGGCAAUGGUAAAGAAAGAAAUCAAAAGCAAUCCAAAAGUAAGAUUCAAAACGAAAUACUUAAGCGUUAUAUAACUAGAAUAUUCACAAACCAACCGAGCAAACCAAUUUACUUUUCAUUUAUCAUAAACCCAUCAGAUCCGGAUUUUCCAUUCGACUUGGAAUCGUUGAAACUAAGCUUAUGCAUACCAUACACAUACCCAUAUAAUAAGGAGUCUAGGCCAACAAUUUACAUUUUGAAUGAUGAAAUACCUAAAGGUUUUGCUGCUAACAUCGAGUUAGGAUUUAAGAGAAUUGUGGCGAUGGCCAUGAAUAAUGAGGUUGAUGAAGAACUAGAAUUAGUCAGUGGUAAGGGGUUAUUAUCGCAAUUACAGACCCUUGAUAAGUAUUUAGAGCUUUUCUUAAAGCAGAAGAAGAGAGACACUAUAAAAUUUGUCAAACUGAAGAAAAAAUUAACACCUCAGAUGUCUAUGUUAGAUACCCCAUCAAGCUCACCUGUACCUACUCCAAGGUCCAUGUCUCCAUCAGCGUCACCAUCGCCAGUUAUUUUGGACCUGAGAAAUCAAUUGAUAGAUGAAAUGAUCAAUAAGUUUGGACCAAAUGUGAAGUUAUUGAAAAAGAAUUUAACUACGAAAUAUAAGAUAAUUCUACCAGUAUAUAACGAACACACCGACAAUAUUUUUAAACCGGUUGCUCCAGAAAUAUGGAAUUUGCAUGGGAGCGUAGAAAUCUUCUUGAAUAUUCCAUUUAAUUAUCCAGAAUCAAGACUCACUAUUAGCAUACCCACUAACUUCAGUGAGCAUUUGCUUGCAAAACAUGGGGAUAUUAGGGAUGUACAGGCGAUUAAAUUGAUCGAACAGAAUGUAGUCCGCAAUUUUGGCAAUUACAAAUUUAGAGAUGUUAACCUAACUUUUGUUAUGAAUUGGUUGAUUAAUUAUUUAGGUGUGUUCUGUUUGAAUGAGAAAGAAUUUAAUAGCACUGCAGUGCUUUUAUUAUGA